CAUCCCUUCCCUCUCUUCAUUAUACCUUGGACUGCUCAUCCCAGGUCCAGCACCAUGUCGACGAAUUUUCGCUCGCUACUUAUCGAUAACGGAUGCAGCGACCUCGAUCGCCUUACUCAACUGAAGCAGAAGGGCCGGCGCACACCAGCUAUCCAACAAUACUUCAGGAGCCAGCGGGAAGUCGCCGAUAAUGCAGACAUGGAACUCAGCGAAAGAUGGCUCAAGAAAAUGAAGAAAAUCAUGGGUCAAAUCGACGACCACGUUCAGUGGUGUGUCCCCUUCUCCGGGAGACCAUUCCGCUUCCUGGACCUUGGCUGUUGCCCCGGAGGUUUCUCCACUUAUAUCUUAAAGAAGAACAAACAAUCUACCGGCAUUGGCGUCUCCCUUGACCCCGCCGAUGGCGGGCACCCGUAUCUCAUCGAGCAAAGCAUCCGUGACCGACACACGAUCAUAUUCGCGGACCUCACGCUAUUCCAACUGGGUCCACAGAUGAUAUCCUCUCCCUCCUUGAAUUUCACGACCCUUCCCGAAGAUUUGACUACACGCCAAUUCGACCUGGCUCUCCUCGACGCCCACCACCUCCGCACUCAAUACGACUCCCCUUCUGACCUCCUCGCUAUAUCCCAAAUUGUCGUUGCUUUCUUGUCCAUCAAGUUUGGCGCUACUGUCAUCAUGAAGCUUGCGAACCCAGAGAGCUGGUAUACUGUCCGCAUGCUGUUUCUUCUGGAUGUUCUCUCGGCAUCCCUGACGGUUCAUAAGCCAUAUGCGAUGCAUCGCAAUCAAGGAACUUUCUACGCAAUUGCUAAAGGCGUCGGAGGGAAGAGGGAAAAGCAGAUGUUCUUGUCGCAUAAUCUCCUGCCCGAGUUUCAGAAGCUGUGGGUCGAGCUGAGGUCAGGGAACAUCGGUAUUGGGAGAUCUCUGGUCCCAGAGGAUUUAGACUUUAUCAUAUCCGACAAGCAGGUUGAAGGAUAUGCUUCGAGGAUAGCGGAGCUGUGUGAACCCGUGUGGAAGAUUCAGUCUGCUGCGCUGGAGAAGCUCUAUAUAGAGCAAGGGAUCUGA